CAGAAACACACUCCGAUCUAAAAAGAGGUUUUGCAAUCUCUCAAAAAGAAUGCAGGGCUGGGAAACGUAUGACGGUGGAUUUGCUCAAAUGCCUGGUUUGGAGGCGCAUGCUGGUGGUACAUACUGUUACUUGGCUAGUCUACACUUACUCGGUUGUCUUGACGAGGUUCUGCCGUCCGAGUCACAGGCUCGCCGUCGUAUUAUUCGGUGGCUUGUCAACUUGCAGACCGAAGGCUUUCACGGACGCAUUGGCAAGCCAGACGACUCUUGUUAUACAUUUUGGGUCGGCGCCAGCCUGCAUGACUGGACAAAUUGCAUGAAAAAACUGGAUGUAAGAAGGGAUGUAAAAGAUGUAGAAGAUAUUUUGAUAGGAUCAAAGGAUACUUGGUGUUACUUGAUGGCCGUUGGAUACUCGGGAGCUGAGGAAGAACUGAGCGCAAUCAAAAGUGAUGUUCAUUGCUAA